AUGGCAUUUGCAGGAGCCACAACUGGCAUAGGGACCACUAGAACAGAACUGCCAGGAGAUACCACCAUUGUGUUUCCUGAAGUCAAAAGCACUUCGGAAGUUUCCAACACAGAACUUAGUGUUGUCCCACUUCCUCCUCCAGAGGCCACAACCUCCACAGAAGGUAUUGGCACCACCAGAGUUGGAUUCAAAACAGCCACAACUGGGGUGGUUCCUGGCACAACUGUUGCCCCUGGCAGUUCCAGUACAGAAGCUACAACUUCUUUAGGAAGAACUGGAGCAACAAGAGGGGGAACAGCCAUAGCUACUACUAGUGUAGUCUCUGGAAAAACUCUGGAACCUGGGAAUGACAACACAGAGGCCACAACUUCCACAGGAGGARGUGAGACCAGCCAAUCUGAAGGGCCAAUAGCCACCACUGGGGUAACCCCUGUUACAACUGUAGCCCCUAGCAGUUCCAACACAGAGUCUACAACAUCUACAGAAGAGACUGGAACUACUGGAACUAGUUUCAAAACUGGCACUGCUGUAGUAACCUCUGCUACAACAGUUGCUCAUGAGAGCUCCAACUCGGGUACCAGUGGUGUAGUCUCUGACACAACUGUUGCACCUGGGACUUCCAUUACAGGCACUACUGGUGUGACCCUAAGCACAUCUGUUGCACCUGGAAGUUCUAGUACAGGUGUCACCACAGUAUCACCUGAAGGAAAUACGGUCUCAAAGAGUACUAUUUCAGAACCCACGAAGACAACUUCUGGCACCACACUGGCACCUGGGAGUUCAAAUACAGAUACUACUGGAGCGGUUUCUGGCAGCAACACCUCACCUGGAAAUUCCAACACAGGUACCACUGAAGUGGUCUCUGGCACAAUUCCAUCUGAAAGUUCCAACACAGAGGCCAUAACUUUAAGACAUGACAAAACCACAGAAGCUGAAGUUAGUAUAGUUACCACCACCGGGAUAACUACUGGUACAACUGUUGCUYCCAGGAGUUCCAACACACGGGCUACCACUUCUACAGAAGUCAUCACUACCACUGGAGUAAAAUUGGAAACUGGUACUACUUCAGGUUCAACUACAGUUUCUAGGCGCCCAGAAAAUUCCAGUCCUGGUACCCCCAAGGAAUCAUCUGAAACAACUACUGCUGGAAUUACUACCACAGGUUCCACUUCAGUUACAGCUGGAGUCACAACAGGCCCACAAGUAUCUCAGCCAGAAACCACUGUYGUAGCAACAGAGAAUCAAGAAGUUGAAAAUAAAACAGGAUGCCCAGCAACACUUCCACCAGCUCCAGUGUGUCAUGGUCCACUGGGAGAAGAGAAAUCUCCUGGAGACACAUGGACUUCCAAUUGCCACAAAUGUACCUGUACUGAUGCAAAGACUGUAGACUGUAAACCUCAGGAGUGCCCUUCUCCACCUGUAUGCAGAACCGGAGAGAAGCUUGUAACGUUUAAUGAUACCUGCUGUGAAAUUGGACACUGUGAACCCCAAACGUGUUUAUUUAACAAUACGGAUUAUGAGAUSGGUACCUCAUUUGAUGACCCCAGCAACCCCUGUGUCUCCUACACCUGCAACAGUACUGGCUUUGUUGCGGUGGUCCAAGACUGCCCCAAGCAGAGCUGGUGUGCAGAAGAAGACAGAAUCUAUGACUCAAGAAAAUGUUGCUAUACAUGUAAGGAUAAUUGCAGAACUUCUCCUGUGAACGUGACUGUUAAGUACAAUGGUUGCAAGAAAAGAAUCCAGAUGGCAAAAUGUAUGGGUGAAUGCAAAAGGACUCUCAAGUACAAUUAUAAUCUUUUUCAGUUGGAAAAUUCAUGCCACUGCUGCCGAGAAGACAACUAUGAGUUCAGAGAUGUUGAUCUAGACUGUCCUGAUGGAAGCACACUAUCUUACAGAUACAGGCACACCACAACCUGCUCUUGUUUAGAUAUGUGUGAACAGGCUAAGACUACUUCGGCUCAAUCAAUGGCCAGAUAA